UUAAUUAAUCAUUGAAUUGAAGAUGAGUUUCCGAAUGACAAAAUGUGUACGGCCAUGCAGCCGAGCAACAGUGGAAAAUGUAGGCACCAUCACUAAGCCCUCCAACAUCACCAUGAAACCCAGCAAGUUGAAGCUGAAGAAGAAGUGGUGUUUCCCCCAUCACGACCAUUCUCCGGCGCCGCGGCCGCUGAGCCAGAGGUGGCAGGACUACCAAGGGCAGGACAACUGGAAUGGCCUUCUAGACCCCCUCGACGACACCCUCCGCCGCGAGAUCAUCCGCUACGGCAACUUCGUCGAGGCCGCCUACUGCUCCUGCAACUUCGACCCCUCCUCCUCCUCCUACGCCUCCUGCCGCUUCCCCAAAUCCAAUCUCCUCUCCAGCUCCGGCUUCCCCGACACCGGAUACCGCGUCACCCGCAACCUCACCGCCACCUCCGGCAUCCAACUGCCCGCCUGGGGCCCCUCUUGGAUGGUCGUGCAGUCCAGCUGGAUCGGCUACGUCGCCGUCUCCCACGACCGCAGGGAGAUCGCCCGCCUCGGCCGCCGCGACGUCGUCAUCGCCCUGCGGGGCACCGCCACGGGCCUCGAGUGGCUCGAGAACAUGCGCGCCACGUUAACUCCCUUGAACAACCACGAGGAUGACGACGGCGACGAGCCCAUGGUGGAGAGCGGUUUCCUCAGCUUGUACACGUCGGCCUCCGGCGACAAGCCGAGCCUGCAGAGCCUGGUGAGGGACGAGAUAUCCAAGAUCAUGCACAAAUACGGCGACGAGCCGCUCAGCCUGACCAUCACGGGGCACUCCCUCGGCGCGGCGCUGGCCACGCUGGCCGCCUACGACAUAAAGAAGACGUUCAAGCAGGCGCCGCUGGUGACGGUGAUCUCCUUCGCCGGGCCGCGCGUGGGGAACUGGAGCUUCCGGUGCCGCCUGGAGGAGCAGGGGACGAAGGUGCUCCGGAUCGUCAACUCCGACGACGUCAUCACCAAGGUGCCCGGCUUUGUCAUCGACAACAAUGAGGCCGGCUGGGUGAGGAAGCUGGUGGAGGACAUGCAGUGGGUGUACGCCGACGUCGGCUGCGAGCUGCGCCUCAGCAGCCGCGACGCGCCCGGCCUCAACGGCAUCAACAUCGCCGCCUGCCACGAGCUCAAGACCUACCUCCACCUCGUCUCCAACUGCCCCUUCCGCGCCACCGCCAGAAAGAUGAUGAGCAAAGCCCUCGCUCAAUAAUUCCAUUUCACAAAUUAAUUCAAACACUUAACUAAAUUCAAUUAUAAUUAGAAUUUAAUUAAUUAGGUCCGUAAAUAAAUACUGAUUUAUUUUAUUUUUACCGUUAAUUACCUAGAUAGAUAGAUAGUGGCUAGAAAAUAACAGAAUUUGUAAAGGUGUGACUCAUUCGCCACUGGUUAACGUGGAGUGAGCAUUGUACAAAAGAAUAGGAAAAAUUCCAUCAAAUAAUUCCUAAAUUUGAAUGGCUACGUGUGGCAUGGAAGAAGAUGGGAUGUUAUUUUUCUAGGGUUGGUAAAAGUGUGCAAUUAAAUAAAAAUUCCA